ACGGGAGGUGAGACGCAGAGAGGAAGAAGGCACUGAGGAGCGAGUGAGAGGGCUGCUUUUGCUUCACAAAUAAAGUCAAGAAAGCAACUAUGAACAGCAGCAUGACUCCUCCAGCACAUGGACUCCUUUAUCUGGUGCUGUGCUUUUACUGUGGCCUGGCUCAGUCCUCCUUCCUGGACAGCUUUAUUUCAUUCCCAGCAGCGCUCACUCCCCAGGAGCAGGAGAGGAGCUUCAACCCAUGCUGUUUGCUGAGUCCGCCUCCACCGCCGCUCUUCCCUCCACCCCCUUCACUUUGGCGCCGCUCCACUCAUGACGGUGAAUCUAAGUCUGGACCUAAAGACAAAAGUUCCUCCUGUGUCCGAGGACCCCCUGGGCCCGUUGGCCCGCCUGGACCUCAGGGUCCACCAGGAUUACCGGGCAUUGGAGGAUCCAAGGGAGAAAAGGGAGAAAUCGGAAGACCUGGACAAAAGGGUCGAGCGGGUCCUCCUGGACUUCCUGGGAAGCAUGGAGCUGUUGGAUGGCCAGGACCAAGUGGGCCCAAAGGGGAGAAAGGUGACCCAGGCCUGAUGGGUUUACCUGGAGGCAGAGGACCAAUUGGACCAAGGGGUUUACCUGGGUACAAAGGAGAAAAGGGUUCAAGAGGAGAGCAUGGUGAGAAUGGCCUAAAAGGUGACAAAGGGGCAAUCGGUUUCCCUGGAAUGCUUGGACAGAAAGGUGAAAUGGGUCCAAAAGGAGAACCUGGUGUCUCAGGAACCAGAGGACCCACAGGUCGACCAGGGAAGAGAGGGAAACAGGGAUCAAAAGGAGACUCAGGCAGUGUUGGCCCAAGAGGACCUUUAGGUCCACAGGGAACUCCAGGACUUCCUGGUCCUCCUGGUUCUACAGCGACAGGACUUUACAUGGUUGGUACCAAAGGUACCCGAGGACCACCUGGACCACCUGGAAAGUGUAGCUGCAGCUCACUAAGUGCUUCUCUUUUGGAAGAUAAUCAAUCCAGAGGAAACUCUCUCAAAGUACCAGCGAUAUUCGUGGUGAGUAACGAGGAGGAACUGGAGCGUCUUCAGGCGGAGAACGCUUUUGCAUUCCGCAAAGACCAGAGAGCUCUUUAUUUCAAAGACGGUAACAGCUGGUUUCCUGUUCAGACUUUCCCAUUCCAGAUGAUGGCGUUCCAGUCCAUGGAGAACCCGCCCGAUGAGGACGGUUACUGCGGCGACGGCAUCGUGCAGCGUUACAGCGGCGAGGAAUGUGACGACAGAAACAAAGUGGUCACUGACAGCUGCAUCAAAUGUAAACGUGCCUACUGUGGUGACGGUUACCGCCAUGACGGUGCUGAGGAAUGUGACGGUAAAGACUUUGGCUACCAGACGUGUCAUUCCUAUCUGCCGGGGUCAUACGGUCACCUCAAGUGCACGCCGUUCUGCGCCAUCGAUUCCACAAGCUGCAAGUACUUCACUUGAGCCAAUUUGCACCCGGAUUUCUUUAACUGGGGACUCAAACCGGGAAUAUUUUUCAUGGCAAAAAGAAAAGCAGCAGAUGAACAAGAAAACUGCUGUGUACAUAAGAAAGAAGCCCUCAGAGCGUUGUUGUUAUGCGGAGAGGAAACUUUUGAACCCACACAUCGGAAACACAAGGACAGCUGCACUUCGUCUUAAGCGGCCGGAUUUAAGCCUGGCCUUCCUCAUUAUGCCUGAAUGGACCCCGAUCGGGUGCAGCGGCAGCCGCGCCAACCAAGUCCCCGCGGGAGACCUUCUCACUAUUAUCGUAAGAAAGAAGAAAAGUACUGUAGGAGCUGCUCCUCCUCGGCAUCUGCAUGAGGCAUGAAUCUCUUUACCUCUUAGUGCCAACACAAGCUUUUCUACUCUUAAUCUGACGGUGACGAAUCACUGUCUUUUUCUUUGAGAUUCCAGUCAGGCCAGUGUGGUGCUUCUCUACUUGACACACACAUUUGGACAACAACAUCCAACAACUCAGGAACACAAAGCAUCCCCUUCCCAUAAUGCACCCUUAAUGAUAUGUGAAGGCUUGAAACUGUUAUGUCCUUAAAGCUCUCAGUGAAGCUUAGGCCAGGCUGCUAAAUAGACAACCAAACUGUUCUAUGGUCCUAACUCUGUACUCUAUUACCUCCAGUCCUUCUGUCUUACACUAGUCAACGUAGACGUUGAAAGAAUUAGUCCACAUAAGCUACAGUUAAGCCAAGGGAGAUCUCCCCUUUCUACGUGUCAAAUGUACAACAAUCAAGAAGACUGUUAUAUCUUGUGUCCGCAUGCUCGUGCUAAUAAUGUACUGUUAGGGGAAAAAAAUCGAGUAAAAGUAGGUCAUCGUCAGGCGUCUUAAAGGUAGAGGUGUGAAAUACUGUAGGAUAAAAACACGUUUGGGACUGUGCUCAAUGUUCCUUGUGACCUUUGACCCCCGUGCUGUAUACUGUAUGUGCAUGUAGUAAUUCUGUAAGGUAAUAUAUAAGUAUGAGGAAUUCAACUGUGUCGUUACUCUAUGAUUUAUACCCAUGUUCAAACAAUUCAAUAAAAGACUCUAAACAUA